CCGUAGUAUACCGUUCAGAAUACACAGUUGCCGCCCAGCCGGCCAAGCAAGUUCUUGGCAGACAUCCAGCGGCGCUGACCGGUGGUUGUGUGUCGACUUCCUUUCGAUAUUUGCCGCUUGCGGAGUUGUACAGUUUUGCUUUCAUUGCACAUCGAAAGUGUAAAAAUCUGUAGAUAGAUAUCCGCUCGGAAGACUCACUAUAUAGACUCUUUCAAGGCCGUAGCCUCGAAAACGUCGGUCUUGUUAGGCCGUCCAUCGUUCCGGAAAGUGCAAGUAAUAUCCCGCCGGCAGCCCAUAUAUAAUAUAGUGACCGACUUGAAUUCCGUGCACGUGUACAUUGACCACACCACAGCCAGUUCAACUUUGAGAGAGCGAUUGAGAAGCCAUUCGCUGGCCGCCAAGACGAGUAGCGAAGAAUGUUUUAUUUAACGAAAGAAACUCUGCCGAUCUACCUGCCUUUGGGGUUUAUCGGCAUUUACCGAUGGUUUUGGUUCUUCGUCAAGAUCCUGGCCUAUGUCCUUUACAAGCCACGAAAACCCCGUCGCCAUCCACGCUACACCGCAUCGCGAGACGUGACCAUCAUCGUCCCCACGAUCGACUCUGGCGACGAGAUCCGGAUCGCCAUCCGCACAUGGCUCGCCAACGAUCCAUUCGAGAUCAUCUUCAUCACAAUUCCCUCAGCUCAGCCAGCGCUCGAGAGGCUCGCGCGGGAGGUCGAUCCGGACGGGCGAUGCGUGCAUGUGAUAUGUGUGCAGAAGCCGAACAAGCGAAAUCAGAUGGUGGCGGGAGUCAACCGCGUGAGGACUCCGAUUACGGUGUUUUGCGAUGAUGAUGUGAUUUGGCCUGAGACGAUGCUGACAUGGAUGCUGGCGCCGUUUGAGGAUAGGAUGAUGGGCGGCGUUGGUACCUCGCAAAGAGUCUUGCCUCAACACAAAUACAUGACAAUCUGGGAGAUUUUGGCUGCUUUCCGAAUCUCGCUGCGAAAUAUAGAGAUCACGGCUACUACCUACAUUGACGGCGGCGUCUGCUGUCUUUCCGGCCGCACAGCCGCCUACCGAACCUGCAUGCUCCGCGACCCCGACUUCCAAUGGUCCUUCACACACGAGUUCUGGCGGGGCAAAUACCACCAGCAUAGCGGCGACGACAAGUUCCUAACGCGCUGGGUACACUCCCACAACUGGAAGACCUACAUCCAAGCCUGUCCCGAAGCCGAGCUGGAAUCGACCUUCAAGGACAACUGGCGGUUUCUGAAACAGUUGCUGCGGUGGACGAGAAAUACGUGGAGGAGCGAUACGAGGAGUCUGUUCACCGAAAGAUUUGUGUGGACUCGCCAUCCGUUUGUUGCGUUUACGAUGCUCGACAAGUUCUUCAAUCCUAUCACGUUGCUCGCCGGACCCGUCACGGUGGUGUAUCUCCUCAUCCGGUCCGAGAGGGACCAUGUCGAUGACCAACCGGCGACAUGGGUCAUCCUUAUCAGCUACCUCUCAUGGCUUCUUAUCACGCGCGUUAUCAAGUACAUGCCGCACUUCGUACGUCGUCCGCAGGACGUGUUCGUCGUGCCGAUUUGGGUUUUAUUCAACAUCUACUUUGCAGUCAUGAAGGUGUAUUGCCUCUUUACGCUGCACGUUACGGAUUGGGGGACGCGAGAUGGUGCAGAAGAUGGCAAGGGGCAGGGAGAAGAGAUUGACAUUUACCGCCCGAAAUGGAUGCAUCCGGCAGCGGGAUGGGGCAGGUCCCCGUACGAUGAUAGUGACUUCAACGCGACAGAGGGUGAAAGCAGCCAUGUGACGACGAUCGUGGCGAUGGAGGAAGGAGAUGGCGAAAACAUCCCACCCCCGCCAUUGCCGUCGCGAAUUGAAAGACCUACGAGCUCCGAUCUGCGGCGACAACCUACCAUUCCUCGCGGCAGUGGGCGGAGCAGUUUGGAUUACAGGAAAAAUGGCAUGCCGCCUUUUACGGCUCUGCCACCACCUCCACCUGCACACACACGAGAAGCGUUAGUUAGACAGCCGUCGAAUCAACAGGACCUUCACAAACCGUGGAUGAGUCCUCCGCCCGGUACUGGAGGCGCCGAUUCGGCAAACUCAUCUGUCAAUCUUUCGAUCAUGACCGACUACAGCCCUUCCCGCCCGGUCAAGGGGAUCAACGGUGACAAACGAAGUCUUUCGAGUUCCGAUUCACAACGAACGAUAGCCAUGAAAGAUGAGGAUAAGCUUCCACCAGCCGAUGUAGUUAUGCCGGUUCCACCAAGACGAUCGCCUCCGAAUGACAUCCGCGAAAGUCUUUGGAGCGUCGUUGAUAUAUCUAAGGCGCCUGAUGGAGCGCAGGACAGUCGGAGGAACUGAUACAGCGAUCUGACGAGAAUGGGGACAUAGAGUGGGGACAGGUGUCCUGUGUAAAGUUGUAAUUUUGGUUGUCGCCAUGAGGUGACAUGUAAUUCUCAAU